AUGUCUUACACAGUCCGUAAGAUCGGCCAGGCCAACACCCUGGAGCACCGUGUCUACAUUGAGAAGGAUGGCAAGCCCGUCUCUCCCUUCCACGACAUCCCCCUCUACGCCGAUGAGGCCAACAACAUCUUCAACAUGGUUGUUGAGAUCCCCCGCUGGACCAACGCCAAGCAGGAGAUCUCCAAGGAGGAGUUCCUCAACCCCAUCAAGCAGGAUGUGAAGAAGGGCAAGCUCCGUUACGUCCGUAACUGCUUCCCCCACAAGGGUUACCUCUGGAACUACGGUGCCUUCCCCCAGACCUGGGAAGACCCCAACAACGUCCACCCUGAGACCAAGGCUAAGGGUGACAACGACCCGCUCGACGUUUGCGAGAUCGGUGAGCUUGUCGGCUAUCCCGGUCAGGUCAAGCAGGUCAAGGUCCUCGGUGUCAUGGCCCUGCUCGACGAGGAGGAGACCGACUGGAAGGUCAUUGUCAUCGACAUCAAGGACCCCCUCGCUGCCAAGCUGAACGACGUUGAGGACGUUGAGCGUCAUCUCCCCGGUCUUCUCCGUGCCACCAACGAGUGGUUCCGUAUCUACAAGAUCCCCGACGGAAAGCCCGAGAACCAGUUCGCUUUCUCCGGCGAGUGCAAGAACCAGAAGUACGCUCUGGAGGUCAUCCGCGAGUGCCGUGAUGCUUGGGAGAAGCUGAUCUCCGGCCAGGCCCCCAAGGGUGAUGUCAGCAUUGCUACCAGCACCUACGAGGGUGUUGAGCGCGCCGACGCUUCCAAGCUCGCCAGCAUCCCCAAGGGCGAGAACCUUCCUCCUGCCCCCAUUGACGGCAGCGUUGACAAGUGGUUCUUCAUCUCCGGUGCCGCUGUCUAA